UCUGAGAGCUUCAUCAUGAACAACCCCAGCCGUAUCGAAACCGAGGACAGCCAUCCCAUCCGCAAACGCCGCCGCGCCGUGGUGUCCUGCUUUCGUUGUCGUGACAAAAAGCUCCGAUGCGAUCGUGUUGUGCCGUGCGAAAACUGCAUCAAGGCGGACUGUCCGGCAGACUGUAUCUUCCAGUCCCCUGUUAAGCGCUCUUAUCGCCUGGCGGAGAGUGUCGAUCCUGUCCCGGAUCAGACCCGGCAGAAUGUCGGCCAAGUUCGGGGGGUGCUUGAAAACAUACAGCAUCGGCUGGCUGUGCUUGAAGACCGUCUCCAAGCCGCGUCCAAUUGUACACAGAGUCGGACUGCAGACACUGCUGGUCGGGAAGAAAGACCCCUUCCGCAGAGCUCCGCGAGUCAGGAUUGCUCUUCGCCAGCUCUCUAUCCCGGGACCCUGGUGGUGAAAGGUUCACGCACGCGGUAUCAUGGGCAGAACAACCGGACCUCGCUCUUGAAUCAGUUCAAUGAUGCUAAAGAAUUCAUCCAGCACUGCCCGCAGGAUUCGAGUCUCGUGCAACUCGCAAAAGAGAUCCAGGCUCUGCAGGGCAGGUCAAAAGGCCUGCACGCUCCGCUUCCUGACCAGCAUGCUUCGGCUGAGCUGCGAGAGAUGUACAGUCUUUUGCCGGACAAAGAAACCUGCGAUCUAUUAGUCGAUCUGUACAUCACCCAUUACGAAAGAACAUUGCGCAUUCUACAUAUCCCCACGCUUCGGCACCAGUACAAGGCCUUCUGGAUUGCGAGUCCCGGUGAUGAAGAUCGAACAAUGUCUUUCCUACCCGUACUCACUGCGGUCCUCGCGGUGGCUUUGCCGCUGCUUGACCCGACCAGUGCAUCUGACCCGUCGUUGGUGCGGAAAUUGAGAGACCUGCAGACCACUGCACCGGAGCUCCUGCAGACUUGGGUUCGGAGAUCGAGUCGCAAGCAGCGAGCGAACCUGGCCACUCUACAGGUUGAAAUGCUGGUUGUCCUGGCUCGGAGACUGCGACAUGAUCCGCCUGAGGAGAUCUGGAGUGCAACCGGGGCGUUGGUACGGACUGGGAUGAUUCUGGGACUGCAACUGCCAGAUGCCCCCAGGCCGGGACUAUCAGCGGGCCAGAACGAGAUCCGACGGCGAGUCUGGGCCACCAUCCUGGAACUCGACCUGCAAGCCUCGAUCGAGGCCGGGAUGCCUACUACCUUCCCGGAUUUGAAUUCGACAUGCUUGAUUCCUUCGAACGUGAACGAUGGCGAGUUCAACGAGGCUACAGUCGAGCUCCCUCCGGAACGGUCAUUGGAGGAAGACACAGACGCGGUGGCUCUGCAUAUUCUGGCCGCUUCACUUCCUCAGCGCAUCCGGACCAUGUCCUUUGCGCGUGAUCCGAACCGCAACCGCGAAGCGGCCCUCGAACACGCCAGCCAGCUGGAGAGGGUACUUUCCUCUAUGCCUGCCGGGCUGCACCCUGCCCAGAGCAUGAAUACCAGUCGUCCCAAUGCAUUAUUGAAUCGCAUUCUCCUAGACGUGUACAUGCGUAGACCACUGCUCGCGCUCUACCAAGCCCUGCUCAUGGACCCCCAGAACCGUCCGCCGCCCCGCGAGGUCACCCACCGGUGUCUCGAGUCGUCACUGGCAAUCCUGGCCUACCAAGAUCACUUUGACCCGCGCGUGGCCGAUCUCGAUCUCAUCCCCGCGACGACUAUCUACUGGGACUUGCUGCAUUGUUUCUGCAAAGCCGAUCUUCUCUUUGCCGCAUUGACGGUGUGUGCUCUGCUGAAGCCACAGACUCAAUCACCGGUCUCCGACAAUUCCACAUCACCACCACCGCCCACUCUGCCGCCGCCCCAUACAAAGCCAAACCUGACGCGGAUUGUCGAGAGCACACUAGAUGGGCUGACCCGCACGAUCCACCAACCGGGCAGUCACUUGAAAGACGUCGUUCUGCUGGCCGUGGUCUUGCAGUCUGUUCGGGGCCGGUCCGAGUCCAAGACACUUUGGAUGCACCAAGGGGCGACCCAGGCGUUGACUGCGUGUCGACAGCACUUGUUAACGGAGGGGCUCGGUGCCGACUCUCAGCAGAUGUUCAAGGGAGGGCAGUCCUUACUUCCUGUUAGUAGCAGUUUGGCACCACCCCUCGUCACAGGGUCUAUGGUGCCGCCGUCGCCAGUGGCUGGACUUGGUGACUUUGAGGUUGAUUCGUUCUCGCUGUUUGACGGGAUGCUCGGAUGGGAUCUGUGAAUUCGCACAUCGCU